AUGUCGAAACAAACGUAUCCAGACAAACCUGAGCUCACGAAAGGUUUUGGCAAGUGUGUUCUUUCAAGAUGCUAUCGGCUCAGGUUGGACAGUAGUGGUGACGGUGUGUUGGAGGCCGCAGAGGUGAAAAUCCUCCUUCAGGGACUAGCCGAUGGGAAAGAGCCAGCAGAAGAAGAGCUGACCUUUAUUAUGCGCACGAUUGGCCACAAGAACAAAGAGAAAAUUACCCGUGCUCAAUUGACGCAGGCGAUCGAAAGCUGGACGUUGUACCUCCAAGAGUUCGGGUCGGAUGACAGCGCUGGGAAAGUACUUUUUGAAAAGUACGACAAGUCCAAGACGGGGAAGCUUGACCAUGAGGAGUUGAAGUCCUUGCUGAUAGAUCUCGCAGGCAGAGAUGUAUCGCAAGAGGAUGUGGACUGGAUCAUGGCGAAGGCUGGCCGCCAAAAAGGUGCUGCUGUUUGCUCUGAAAGGACAGGACAGGAUCACUCGCUCAAUCGCAGAUUUGGAUGUGUGUUGCACUUUAUGUCCCAAGAUGAUGGCUGCGACGCUUGA